CUGUAGUUGGUGAGCUGUUGCGCAACACCUGCUGUGUACAGUAGUAACACAGUGCUGCAUGAUGGGGGCAGUGAAGGAUCAGCAUCCUGUCUGAAUCUAAGUGAUCCAGCAGUAGGCUUUCUCCUGGUGUCCCGAUCCGCUCGUCAUGGCCUCGACACGGCUGGAGCGGUUCUGGAGUUGUUUGCUGCGUGUGAUUGUUAAAGCGUUUUUGGCCUUUUUCCGGUUAUUCGCACCUCAGCAGGGAGGAAGCAGAGACGUUUGCCGGCUUCCCCCCAUCACCGAGCCGCUGCUGCGCGUUUCAGCCGUCCAGCUCGCGCUGAAGAUCCGCCGCAAACAAGUAACAAGUGUACAGGUGGUUCAGGCCUACAUCGAUCGCAUCCAGGAAGUCAACCCAAUCAUCAAUGCUCUGGUUAAAGACAGGUUUGCUGCAGCGCUCCAAGAGGCAGCACAAGUCGAUAAACUGAUAGAGGAGGAGACAGGAGGAGAGGAUGUACUAGAAGACAGGCUUCCUUUUCUCGGAGUGCCUUUUACUGUGAAAGAGGCCUUCGCUCUGCAGGGCAUGCCAAAUUCUACAGGACUGCUGAGCAGGAAGACUGUGGUUUCAACAGUGGAUGCACCACCUGUAGCUUUGUUAAAGCGGGCUGGAGCAAUUCCGCUAGGCGUGACCAACUGCAGUGAGCUGGCCAUGUGGCUGGAGUCUCACAACCGUGUUUAUGGCAUUACCAGGAACCCAUAUGACCUUGAGAGGAUAGCAGGGGGCAGCUCAGGGGGAGAGGGAAGUAUAAUAGGCAGUGGCGCUUCAGUGAUCGGAGUGGGCUCAGACAUCGGAGGAAGCAUCCGCAUACCCUGCUUUUUUAACGGCAUCUUUGGACAUAAGCCGACAUCAGGUAUAGUAAAUAAUGAAGGCCAGUAUCCUCCAGCGUCUGGACAGCAGCCAGGCUUCCUCUGUACAGGCCCCAUGUGCCGCUAUGCUGAGGAUCUUCUGCCCAUGCUGAGGAUUAUGGCAGGACCCAAUGCAGAAAAAUUAUCCCUCUCUGCUCAUGUGGCUCUGAAGAAACUCAGAUUCUUCUCUGUUCCUCAUGAUGGAGGAUCACCUCUUCUUUCUCCUGUUGACCCACAACUGAUUAAGGCACAGAAGAAGGUGGUUGAACAUUUGGAGGCUGACUUAGGGGUCCAAGUUCAAGAAUUACGCAUCCCCCAGCUCAAAUAUUCUUUUCAGAUUUGGGGAGCUAUGAUGUCCUCCCCUGGCAAGGAUGGAAAGCUCCCUACAACUUUUGCUGAGUUGAUGGGUGGAGGAGAAAAGAGGGUGUGGCCUCUGUGGGAGCUAUUCAAAUGGUUUUUAGGACUGUCUCCUCACACCAUGCCUGCUAUAGGUUUAGCCAUGGUGGAGAUGUUUCAGAGCUCACAGCCUUCUCAGUUCAUCCUGCAGCAGAAAGAGAGUUUGCAAAAGGAGCUGGAGGAGCUUUUGGGUACUGAUGGUGUGCUGUUGUAUCCUUCACACCCGCAGCUGGCACCCAAACACCACCAUCCUCUUUUUACCCCCUUCAAUUUCUCUUACACAGGGAUCUUUAAUAUCCUCGGGCUGCCGGUGACACAGUGUCCUUUAGGACUUAGUGUGGAGGGUUUGCCCCUUGGACUGCAGCUUGUAGCAGGAAAGCUACAGGAUCGUCUGUCUUUGGCCACUGCUCUGUACCUGGAGAAAGCAUUUUGUGGAUGGAGAGAGCCGGGUAACACAGAGCGCAACCCAAACAGCACCUCAAAUAAUGUCAGCAAUGCCACAUAAGUACUACACUGUCCAUGCAUCUAUUAGUCACUUUAACUUCUUAAAGCUUGCCUUUACCUCAUUAUAACAUGAGUAACAUUAUAAGUAUAGAUUGAGAGGAAGAAAUUAAUAAUGAAAGUAUAGAAGUUAUUUCACAGUUAUUAGUGGGAAAUGUUGGGAUUUGAAUUGCAGUAAAAUUUGAAUUAAGAUAAUAAAUGGAAAUAAAUAGAAAGCAAGAAAAAAAGGAAUGUUUUAUUAAAACAUGGCAACAGAAAUCAAUACAUCAUUUCAUUGUGAUGAAAAAGGAAGAAAGAAUAUAUCAUUUUGUUGGUAAAGAAGGUUGGAAGGUCAGAUGCAGGCUGCAAGAGAGAAGAACAGAUAUGUAGGACAUUAUUAAAUUAUGCAACAGAGA